ACGUCACUGCUUCCGGUUUUUACGGACACGUCACUCAUCCGCUAGAACAGCGCUGUCUUACCGGUGUAGCUUUAUACCCCAAAUAACGCCGCAAUAAUGUCGGCGUCGGUUUUGUCGGUGAUUUCUCGGUUCCUGGAAGAAUACACCACCUCCACGUCCAACAAACUGAAAGUGGUGGACGCGUAUUUGUUGUACAUUCUGCUGACGGGAGUGCUGCAGUUCCUCUACUGUCUGCUGGUCGGAACUUUCCCUUUCAACAGCUUUCUGUCGGGCUUCAUCUCUUGCGUGGGCUCCUUCAUCCUCGCUGUAUGUCUUCGUAUCCAGAUCAACCCACAGAACAAAGGGGACUUCCUGUCCAUCUCACCGGAGAGAGCCUUUGCCGACUUUCUGUUCGCUCACACCGUCCUGCAUCUUGUCGUCAUGAACUUCAUUGGCUGAAGAGCCGUUAAUUUGCCUGACAGCAGCCCCUCUGUGGAAGAUGCAGACGAGAGAAGUUAUGAAAAAAUAAAAUCCUCAAGACAUCUCUUUUUGUACCGCCUGAUUACUACAGUUUGGAUUUUUUUUGUUUUUGUUUAUAUUUGUCCAUUUUCUAAUUUGCUACGAGGCACACAAAUAAAGAUGGUGACACGUUUGA